AUGUUUAACUUUCUCCGAAGAAGAUGCAAAAAUUUGCUUCUUGAGUCUACAGAAGAGGAUGAGGUGCAUGUUGAAGCUGAAAGUUCAAGCUGCAAGUUGAAGAAAAGAGGAGGUUCUACUCCUGGCCGUGUCUUUAUCGAUCGCAACAGGAAAGAAGGCCACGAGAAGUUAGUGCGUGACUACUUCUCUGCCAACCCAACAUACAAUGAAAAUUUUUUUCGAAGGCGAUAUCGUAUGAGCCGUGAUUUGUUCAAUCGUAUUCAUGAAGGUGUUGUUUUGUAUGACAACUAUUUCGUUCAAUCUCGAGAUGCUGCAAAUAAGGUUGGGUUAUCUUCAUUGCAGAAAGUUACUGCAGCUCUCAGAAUGAUGGCCUAUGGAGUAUCCGCUGAUAUGAUUGAUGAAAAUCUAUGGAUAGCUGAAAGUACCGCAAAUGAGGCGAUGAAAAAUUUUGUUGAAGCAGUGAUUGUUGUUUUCGGCGAACGUUACCUGAGGCAACCUAAUUCUACUGAUAUUGCCAGGUUGCUUUAG